AAGUAUUGAUCUGAUAAAACAAACAAGAUAAACAUGAAUCAACAACAACAGCAGACAAUCGAUAUGAUUGUCAUUGAAUAUUUAAAACAAAAUCAACAACGUUUUUCAAAAUUAUAUCCGGAAUUUCGUCAAUUAAAAUUUGCAAAUAAAUCGAAUCCAAAAACAAAUAAUGGAAAUAAAUGUCCAUCAUUGAAUGAAUUGUAUAAUAAUUGGUCAUCGAAUUUAAAUGGAAAAGAUGAAAAUAAUAAUAAUGCAAAAAAUAAUUCAUUAACCAUUCAGCCACCAUCGAAAAUUAAUAUUUUAUCGAAAAAACCACAACAAUCAAGUUCAGAUGAUUCAAGUUCCGAUGAUGAUGAUGAUGAUGGAAAGCCACCAGUUAAAAAAGGACCAGCUUCAGUAAAAUCUACGCCUGUCGUCAAACCAUCAACUGCUAAAAACGCAAGAGAUAGCUCAUCAUCGGAUGAUAGUUCAGAUGAUGAACCACCAAAGAAAAAAUUGGCAACACCAGCAUUGGUUAAUAAACAAUCGCAAAUUUCAAAAAUAAAUUUUGUACCAGCAAAAAAAUCAACAACAAAACCUGAAUCAUCAUCUGAUGAUGAUAGUUCGGAUGAUGAUGAUCAGCCAGCUAAGACGACGAUCAAACAAUCUACAAUAUCGACAUCGAUAGUUAAAACACCUGUAGCAACAAAAACAAAAGUACAGCCGGCUAAAAAAGCUCAGGAAUCAUCAGAUGAUAGUUCGGAUGACGAUCAACCAGCCAAACCGAUAGUAAAAACACCAGCAAUCACCACCCCUAAAGUACAGCCGGCUAAAAAAACUCAGGAAUCAUCGGAUGAUUCGUCUGACGAUAGUUCGGAUGAUGAACCAGCCAAACCGACUAUUAAAAAACCAGCAACACCUAAACCGAUAGUGAAAACACCUGUAGCAACGACACCAAAAGUACAGCCGGCUAAAAAGGCACAAGAAUCAUCGGAUGAUUCAUCUGACGAUAGUUCAGAUGAUGAUCAACCAGCAAAGCCAACGAUCAAAAAGCCUGUACCAUCGGUAAAAACACCUGCAAUCAUCACACCAAAAGUACAGCCAGCUAAAAAGGCUCAGGAAUCAUCAGAUGAUUCCUCUGAUGAUAGUUCGGAUGAUAAUCAGCCAUCAAAACCGGCAAUUAAAAAACCGCCCACAUCUGCAUCAUCGGUAAAAACACCUGUAGCCACAAUACCUAAAGUACAGCCAGCUAAAAAGGCUCAGGAAUCAUCGGAUGAUUCAUCUGAUGAUAGUUCCGAUGAUAAUGAUCAACCAGCAAAACCGACGAUUAAAAAACCGGCAAAUUCUACACCGUUGAUCAAAACACCUGUAGCAACAACACCAAAAGUCCAACUAGCUAAAAAAGCUCAGGAAUCAUCGGAUGAUUCAUCUGACGAUAGUUCAGAUGAUGAUCAACCAAAAAUGAAAGCGGUCAAUAAGGUAACAACAUCUAAACCGUUGGUCAAAACUCCUGUAGCCACAACGCCUAAAGUUCAACCGAUUAAAAAGACUCAGGAGUCAUCAGAAGAUUCAUCUGAUGAUAGUUCGGAUGAUGAUGAUGAUCAACCAGCAAAACCGACGAACAAGAAGCCAGUAACACCUAAACCUAUUGUAAAAAUACCUGUAGCCUUGGCUCCUAAAGUUCAAUCAGCUAAAAAGGCACAGGAAUCAUCGGAUGAUUCGUCUGAUGAUAGUUCGGAUGAUGAACCAGCCAAACCGACUAUUAAAAAACCAGCAGCAUCUAAACCGAUAGUGAAAACACCUGUAGCAACGACACCAAAAGUACAGCCUGCUAAAAAAUCUAAGGAAUCAUCGGAUGAUUCAUCUGACGAUAGUUCCGAUGAUGAUCAACCAAAAAUCAAAGCGGUCAAUAAAGUAAUCAAAACUACUAUUACUCCUGUAUUGUCAAAAGUAACACCGGCUAAAAAAUCUAAUGAAACUUCUUCGGAUUCUGAUGAUAGCUCGGAUGAUGAUGAUAAGCCUGUUGCAAAAGUAACACCUAAAUCGACACCUGCAAUGACUAAAUCAGUGACAAAACCUGUAUCAAAAUCGAAAGCUCAGGAAUCUUCAGAUUCUGAUGAUGAUAGCUCCGAUGAUGAUGAUGAAAAAUCGAAACCAAUGGCUAAUAAAUCUUUGACUGGUCAACAAAUUUAUAAUGGUACAAAAAAAUUGGCCAAUUCUUCAUCAGAUUCAAGUGAUGAUAGUGAUGAUGAUGAUAAUGCUACGAAAUCUACGAUGACAAAUGGUGGUUUAAAACAAAAUGGUGAAACUUUAAUGAAUGGUCAAGGAAGUGGAAAAAAAACAAAUACACCAUUUCGACGUGUAAAUGUUGAACAAGUAGAAAUAGCCAAACCAGAUUUACGUGAUAAUUCAUUUAAUUCGAAACGUGGAUUUGAUCGUUGGGGUGAACAAGCUGCAGCAAAAUUAUCAACAGUACGUGGUAAAGAUUUUCGUCGUGAAAAAACGAAAAAAAAACGUGGUAGUUAUGGUGGUGGACCAAUCAAUAUGGGUGUUAAUUCGAUUAAAUUCACUUAAAUGAACAACAAAAUCAACAAUCGUAUUUCAUGAAAUAAUUUCAUCGUUUUUUUCUCAUUCGAAAUAUUCAUCAUUUUAUCCAUACAUACACAUAUGAUUAGCAUAUUUUUCCAAUUCUGCUGG